CCAAACCCUGUCCACGACGUGUGGUGAGAGAAGCAAUUUACGCAAAUAUAUUGAUUAUGUGGCUCAUUUCCAAUUAGGGUUGGCGCUGUGAUCUCAACACACGAAUUCAGUCUGCUCAUUCAAGUCAAAUUGCUCAAUCCACGAACUUGAAAGCGCAUUGCCAUCAGAAAGGCCCAGAUCUGAACUGCGCUUCUCUUCAAUUGUUCUACUUCUGGUAGUGCUUGGAUUUAUAUGCUCUUGAAUUAGCCUACGUUCUCUCUUCUAUUGGGAUUCGGUUGAGGAAACACCUUCCCGCCUGCACAAUCGUCAAGAAUGGCGGCCACAAAGGGAGCGCCGGCUUUCUCGGGGACUGUGGUGAAAUGCCAGAAGUGCUCCAAGACGGUGUAUCCAAUGGAGCAAUUGAUUGCCGACAAUGAGACCUACCACAAAACAUGCUUUAGAUGCACGCACUGCAGCACAAUGCUGAAGCUCGGAAAUUAUGCAGCAAUCGGCGGAGCUGUGUACUGCAAGCCCCAUUUCAAUCAGCUGUUCAAGUUGAAAGGGAACUACAGCGACAACUUUGCGGCCGGGGGCCUCCCUCCGCCAAAGCCAGAUACGGCACCAAGCACGCCGAAAGCAAGCACAGCGACCGAAGGUGCUGCUGCGUCUGCAGACAAGGUUGCUGACAAGGUGAAGAAUCUGACGGUCUCUGCAAAGAAAGAAGCGUCAAAGCCGUCUCCGCUUGCGGGAAAGUUUACGGGCACAACUGACAAGUGCGUUUCGUGUGGAAAAACGGUGUAUCUCAUCGAGAAGGUUGUGGUGGAGAAUAAGAUCUACCACAAAGCGUGCUUCAAGUGCAGCCAUGCGAACUGCCCCCUGUCGACGUCCAACUAUGCUUCCAUGAACGGCAAGCUCUAUUGCAAGCCACAUCUACAACAGAUUUUCAAGACCACUGGUGACUAUCGGCAAGCAGCGGGAGACGCUCCGUUAUCAACACCACCCGUGUAACGUUGUCGAUACUCAUUCAAACGAAUCAGUCUCCCAGGGACAGCAGCAGGGGGCUGAAUUGUAGAGCCUCAAAGUGAGAAUUUGGGAACAAGUCGGCAUGAAAUGAUUAGGGGCUUAUCUGUCCGAUCAUGGUGUCUAGCUUAAUGUCUACCCGUUGCUGCGGCUUGCACAAAAGCGGGGUUCCUGGAAGCACUCAAAUGCUCUCUUCAUGAGUCCAAUCGGCAUUGGUACAAACCCUGUCUAUGGUCACACAAGACUCCGUGGUUAGUAUCGUUUAAGGGCCGACAGUCAAGAGAAGCCUACAAUCACAGGCCCAUGACUCGCGGUUCACCUGGUCGAACACACCCUUGACUUGCAGCGAGUAUGCUGUAUAAUGGCUCACCGUUCUGCCGGAACUCUUUGGAUCUUUCCUCGCUGCAAAGGCCAAAUCCCAAGUAUAUGUACACGCUCCACAUGCCCUCACCG